AUGUACAGGCUUUGGACCACACGAUUCGGAAAUAUUCUAAUUCACUGCAUUGUGUUAUACUUAUGGACAUAUGAUAAAGCCGAAAGCGCCAAUAUUAAGGACAGUAGUGAGGGGAGGGAGGAGCUCCAGCAGCAGCCCGACGAAGUGGCUCAAUGGUGGGGUGAAUGGAGCAGCUGGUCCACUUGCUCACGGACCUGUGGAGGAGGGGUUCGUUCCCAGGAGCGCCACUGCCUACAACAAAGGCUUACUACCACACAAAACAUCAACAGUUCCUUCUGUGUUGGAACACCUAAGCAAUAUGAGCUGUGCAGGAAUCAGCCAUGCCCCAACAGCAAAAUCAGCUUCAAACAACAUCAGUGUUCCCAGUUCAAUGCCAAAGCCUUCGGCAGGAAGUACUAUGAGUGGGUUCCACUUUACCCAGAUGAUUACAUCAGCAUCUCCAACAAGCCAUGUGACCUCCAGUGCACGACCACCACUGGAGAGAGGCAGCUGCUGGUGCCAGCCCAUGAUGGGACGUACUGUCGGGAUGGCAUUUUCCAAGGCGUCUGCAUAGAGGGACAAUGCCAGGUGGUCGGUUGUGAUGGGAAGCUGUACUCCAGUAAAACCAUAGAUAAAUGCGGUGUCUGCGGUGGGAAUGGAGGCUCCUGUUACCGUGUAUCAGGAUCUUACCGAAAAGGGAUCACACAGUUAGGCUAUGUGUUUAUAACCAACAUUCCCACUGGAGCCACAGAUAUCCAGAUCAUUGAGCGCCGAAAGACGGAAAAUAUCCUGGCCCUGUCUGAUGAAGCAGGCCACUUCUUCUUCAAUGGGAACACUGUCAUAGACAAUCCGCGGAACUUCCACAUUGCGGGAACGGUGUUUAAGUACAGGAGACCUGCCAGUCUCUUUUCUGAUGGCUUUGAGUAUAUCAUGGCCCAGGGACCCACCCACCAAGGGCUGAACGUCAUGUACUACAACCUCAAUGGGAAGAUGCCUCAUAUCACAUAUGAGUACACAGUACCACGUUCUACUGAGCCCAGGACUGCAGCGCCUCUUUCUUCCUCUCCUGAGGAGCCUCAGAUCAGCAGCUUGGUGGCUCUCCCUCCCCCUCCUCUUCCCCCUGCCCAGUACCCAGCUGUGCCUGACAGAGAAGCUAACAACAUUACAUCCACAGAACUCUCCCUCACUGACAAUGAGAUCGAGGCUAGUGAGGAGUACACAAAGGUGGGGAACCAGAGUGUGCCGGUGGUGUCCAAAGAGAACAUGGAAGUGCGAGUGGGCCCAGAGGGGCUCCGCUGGGAGGUGCAGACCCAAAUCAACAUCAGCUCUCUGCCUAACAUCCUUCUGCUCAGUCCUGUCAGUCCAGUGCUUGGUAAUGAGCUGGAGAACAAGCUGCUCCAACAUGAGGUGCCAGAUAGUUUUGGUGCCGAUUCCAACUCGAUUGAUGGUGACAGCAGUAAUCCCAAUAGCACUCAGCGUGUACCCCAGCCUCUACUGAAGACGCUGUUCUACGAUGUCCUGCUCCAGCCUGGAGGCCCCAGGCCAUCCUGUAAAGAUGGCUCAUCUCUUCCAGGCUGUGACUUGAUCAACCUGAACUCUAGUUUGUCUUUGGAUAACAGCCUGUCUCUGGAGAUUUACCCAGGCAGUGUGAACGAGGAUGAGGGGACCCAUAGGCUUCUGUCGGAAACUGAGAUCAAUGGCACAGUACCCCACCAAGCAAACCCCUUCAGACUCCAUCAGGUGGAACCAGUGCAGGCACCCAACACAGAGAGUAAUGAGUUUGAGGUUGGAGGAAAUGAUCGUGAUAUCAGCUUAGCUGACAUGUACAGAUGGAAGGUGUCAGCAUAUGCACCCUGCAGCUCAACGUGUACCACAGGUAUAAGCACGUCCUAUGCUUUAUGUGUGCGUUAUGAUGGCCUAGAAGUUGACGAGAGCCACUGUGAUGCCUUGACAAGGCCAGAACCCACACAUGAAUUCUGCACAGGGAAAGAGUGCCCUCCAAGAUGGGAAACAAGCCGAUGGAGUGAGUGUUCUCGGACGUGUGGGGAAGGCUAUCAGUUCCGUACAGUACGUUGCUGGAAGAUGAUGGCUCCAGGUCUGGACAGCUCCGUGUAUGAUGAGCUUUGUCAGGCUGCCGACCUUCAGAAGCCAAUGGCACGCAAAGCCUGCAAGAGCAAGGGGUGUGGCCCACAGUGGGAGGUCUCUGAUUGGUCAGAGUGUUCGGCACGUUGUGGAGGGCGGGGUUUGCGAAGUCGAGAGGUGCGCUGCUCCAUGGAAACUCAGUUAUGUAAUGAGACCAUGCGGCCGGUGAGUGAGAAGGAGUGUGAGGGACCCCCGUGUGACCGCAGAUGGACCGUCUCUGACUGGGGGCCUUGCUCAGGACCAUGUGGGGAGGGCCGCAUGUCUCGUUAUGUGGUGUGUAAGAACAGUGAUGGACAGGUCAUUUCUGAUGGUCAGUGUGAUCUGGACCUUAAACCCCUUUCAGUGCAGCCAUGUGGGGACAAAAACUGUCCUGCUCACUGGGUGGAGCAGGAGUGGGAACCGUGUAAUGCGACGUGUGGACGCGGGGUGAAAACGCGUCAGGUCGUGUGCGCUGGGCUGGUUAACGGGGUGUUUAAGGAGUUCCCUGAACAGAUGUGUGACAGAGCUUUGCGGCCUGAAGAAACCACUGCCUGUUUUGAGAGGCCGUGCUCAAAGUGGUUCACCACUUCCUGGUCCCAGUGCAGUAAGACAUGUGGCAGCGGGGUGCGGGUGAGAGAGGUGAAGUGUUACCAAGGCGAUGAGCUUGGCCACAGCUGUGACUCAGCACUUAAACCGGAGUCCAGACAGACAUGCGAGGUGCAGGCCUGCCCAACGGAAGCCCCAGUGGAGGAUGUUUGUCAGGACAAGGCGACAGCCAACUGUGCACUCGUCUUGAGGGUGAAACUGUGCACACACUGGUACUACAGAAAGGCCUGUUGUCUCUCCUGUAAGAACAAGGCCUAA